GCGGGUGCGUGGUUCCGGGCUGGUGCCAGCGCGCAGCGAUCGGAUGGCGGCCACUAUCAGCCUGUUCGAUUUGGCCAAUUUGAGCAUCGGGCACCCCGGGCCCGGUGCAGUCAAUUUCACGGCCCUGCACUCAUUAUUGCACGCCGUGUUGCAGCACCUGGGCAUCCAGCAGGUGCUGACAGAGCGGCAGCCUGAGUUGCUUGGCCCCGAGCCCGGCAUUGGUACCGAGCCCGCGCCUGCACCCUCUCCCUACCGCCGGCUGGAACAGCAACUGCUGCGAAUGGAGCAGCAGGUGGAGGAGCUGACACGGCUGCCCAGCGCCCUGGAGCUGCUGCAGCGCAGCCGGCAGGACGGCAAGGCUGUGAGCGACGUUUGGAACCUACUUCAGCUCCGCAAAAGCACCGAGCUCAACCGGGAAGGUGUGGACAAGGCAAUGUCCAUGAUGGAAGAAAUGAUGCAAGAGAUGAAUUAUUUGAAGAAGUUCCAAAGUUCUGUUGAAGAUCGUAUUAAAGACAUAGACAUGAAUAUCAAUUCGGUGAUGAACCAAAUGGGCCAAGUAAACGAGGUUCUGAAGAAAACUGAGGAUGGGGAACAGUUUGUCAGCUGGAAGAUUCUCCAAAGAACUCUUGUUGAUCCACUCCCUGAGCCUGUUGCACACUCUCUAACAAGCCAAGUUCUUGCACCAGCUGUUGACACAAAGAUUGCAUCUGCUGAUGAUACCCAGGCAGUGGAGAACCCUGAUGAAAUGGCCACUCAUGUAUUUUUACCCCAGGAGAGAGAAAGAAAAGCACAGGCUGCUCCCAUGAUAAUCCAGCCUUCCAAAGGACAUCCAGCACAGGUACAUCACCCCUCUGCUGCACAGAAGGGAGCUGGGUCAUCCAUGCUCACUGUGAAGGGAGCUGAGCAUUAUCCUGAUACUAUAUUCGCUCUUCAACGCAUCCGACAUGCAUCUGACUAUCAACCUUUGUUGGAUCAGCGAGUCUCUGCACUCGAGAAAGCCUUCUCAGAAUUAGCCCCUGAAGCCAGCACAGCGAUGGACAGUGAGGAGCUGAAAGGACGAGAUGAGAGUGAACGACAAGUCCCAUCCCCAGGAGAAGGUGAUGGUGAUGGUGAGGGGGCAGCUGAUGAUGUGAGGGCUCAGAUAUCCAAUCUCAGGGAAGUGGUGAAGAACAUCGACGAAGAACUAAAGGAUCUCCGGAGGGUUCAGCUGAGUGGCACUGAGCCUGGAGCCCCGGUCCAGCAGCAGCUGGACAAAUUGGGUGCCGUUCUAGAGAAAAUCAUGGGCUCCUCCUGUGCCCUGCUUGGGAUGAGUCUGGGCCUGGAGACAGAGGGGACCUGUCCCGUCUGCAGCCUAGACGUCAGUCAGGAUGCCAGCAACCUGUGCCAGCGUUUUCAGAAGCUGCAAGAGACAGUGAACAUGCUGGUUGAUUCAUCCGGGGAAGGGACAAAGGACGGGGGCUUGUGCACAGAGUUACAGAGCAACAUCGAACAGCUCCAGGCCGAGUGUGAGAGGCUGAACCAGACGACCAGUCGGCUGAUCCAGGAUGAUCAGAAACAACAGAGCAACAUCCAGUCUCUGUUUGACUCGCUCGGCCGCCUUGAGACCAAGUGUGGAGAAAGGCUCCAGAUGGAUGCGGUGACGGAGCAAGUGAACCGCAUGAUGGAGUCUCUGCUCAACAAACUCUGUGCCCAUGAGAAGGACUGGAACCGCAUCUUGCAGCAGCUCAGUGCAGAGAUGGAGUGCAAGCUGGACCGGAUUGAACUGGAGCCAUUGAAAAAGCAGCUGGAGGAGCGAUGGAGGAAAUUCCGGAAACUACUACAGACCCCCCAAGGGACGGAGGAGGGAGCUGCUGUGCUCAGGAAGCAGCUCAUCAGUCAUUUCCACUGCCUCUCGUGUGAUCGGCCGCUGGACAUCAGGGUGCCCUGCACUCCGAACAUGGGCUCCCUGCCAUCACCUAACCAUGUGAGCAGCGGGUACCGGUCACAGCGCCCAGAUGCUGACCUGGCACGACGCAGGAGCAAGGGUGAACGGGUGAUGGACCUGAUGGAAACUUUCCCGCCCACAGCCAGGAGCUGUGGGGGUAGCCACACCUUGACCUAUGCUCAGUACCGGCGAUGCCCCAGGCUGUAUGAGCCCUACCCCACAAGGCCGCUGGAUGAUAAUCACUCCACUAAGCGAGUAGAGAGCCCAGUAGUGACCGAUCCACAGGGAGCUCGGGGAAGGUCCAGCUGUAAGCUGCCCUCCAUUGCAGGCCGGGAUGGGUCCAAGUAUAAGGUGUCUCGUUGUCCAUCCCAGAGGUCGCCAGCCCCCAGGAUCUCCUCCAGUCGCUUACCCAGUGCGCACCUCCCCACCGUACUGGGGCCAGGGUCAGCGGUGAACGAACGUGGUGCCCAGCAGGAGCGAAACUGCCGGUGUCCGGCUGAGCUGGUGACCAGUCCUUGCAUUGACGGUCAAGCAGGGCCGGUCCAGCCUCGGUCCAUCUCGUGUCCAUCUCCAGAGCCGACAGCAGGAACAACGGGACCUGCCUUUCACCACGAGCCUGAGUUGCCAGCCCCUGCUGAACCCCUCAAUGUUUAACAGUUGUAGAAAUAUAUUGGAGAUGAUCUGUUCAAUGGACCAUCUGUUCCUCACUGUAGGGAGCAUGAUGGGGUGCAUCAAUAUGUCACUGAGUGUUGGGGAUGGUGGGAGGUCACAUUGUGGGAGGGGAUGUUUUGGUGUGUCCAGGUUGGUGAGGGGGCAGUGCGGGAGGUGAUGUUGCUCGGCAUCGAGGGAGCAAUGGGAGGUGGAUAGAGGGAGUGGGUUGGUGGGGAGUGAAUGGGGAUAUCUCACUUUGGAGGGGUGACAUUGCUCAGUGUGUCUGGGAUGGUGGGAGGGGGAGAGAGUGAGAGAUAUUUCCUGACUCAACUGCUUACAGGUUGGGGUGCAGUUCAGAGCUGUACCACUGUACACUCCCUACACUCCCAGCCCAUACCAUAGGGUGAGGAAGCAUCAGGGUGACUCCUCCAAUAAGAACUUUGUUACCCAUCCCUCACUUUUCCCUCCAGGACCUCUGCAGUGGUUCCCCAGCCCCAGUUCUCCCUGUGUCAGCAGCUGUGUGAGAGGCUCUGGUCUGACAUAUCUAGGUUUGCUGAAUCCGAAUGUGGACUUGGUCACCAGGCUGGAUGUCCAAUUGUCUAACUGGGCAGAGAGAUUAAUAGACAAUAGACAGUAGGUGCAGGAGUAGGCCAUUUGGCCCUUCGAGCCAGCACUGCUAUUCACUGUGAUCAUACACAAUCAGUACCCCGUUCCUGCCCUCUCCCCUUAUCCCUUGACCCCGCUAUCUAUAAGAGCUCUAUCUAACUCUCUCUUGAAUGCAUCCAGAGACUUGGCCUCCACUGCCUUCUGGGGCAGAGCAUUCCACAUAUUCACCACUCUCUGGGUGAAGAAGUUUUUCCGCAUCUCAGUUCUAAAUAGCCUACCCCUUAUUCUUAAACUGUGGCUAGUUCUGGACUCACCCAUCAUUGGGAACAUGCUUCCUGCCUCCAGCGUGUCCAAUCCCUUAAUAAUCUUGUAUCUCUCAAUCAGAUCCCCUCUCAUCCUUCUAAAUUCCAGUGUAUACAAGCCCUGUCGCUCCAAUCUUUCAAUAUAUGAUAGUCCCGCCAUUCCGGGAAUUAACCUUGUGAACCUACACUGCGUUCCCUCAAUAGCAAGAAUGUCCUUCCUCAAACUUGGAGACCAAAACUGUACACAAUACUCUAGGUGGGGUCUCACCAGGGCCCUGUACAGCUGCAGAAGGAUGUCUUUACUCCUAUACUCAAUUCCUCUUGUUAUAAAGGCCAGCAUGCCAUUAGCUUUCUUCACUGCCUGCUGUACCUGAAUAAGCAGUGAGAAACUGGACAGUGGUGUGUUCAGAGGGAGAAAUGUCCCUGUGUACUGAGCACUGGAAGUAAAUGUGUGAGGAAGAAGGGGUGAGCUGGGCACAGCAGACCUGGAGCCGGCAAUUCCCACCCCCUCCCCUGGGCAGGGUCUCAGUGAUAAGUCUGAGAUGAGAAGUAUCUUCACACAGAGAUUGGUGGUUCAGCAAUUCUCCACCCACAGCAGAAAUGGAAGCUCGGUCACUGAGUGACCAAUAAUGAUUGACUGUCCCUACACCACGAGUGCCAACAGUGAAUGACUGUCCCCUACUCCGAGUGGUCAUCUAGGCACGAGUGACUGAUUGCCCCUACAUUGUGAGUUCUACUCUCUGCAAAUCUUUGACUCUGGCCAAAGGUCCAACAUCCCUGGUGAAUUUCCCAUCACAUUUUCUCAGUCGAAACUUCAGCCAAAUUGAUUCUGCACGCUAUCACUGUUUACCACAUGGACCUGUAUGCACAGCAACAAUAAACUCUUUAUAACUGCAUCGUGUCUUUGUUGGAUUUGUUUAGCUGGGGAAUCUGAGCAUUCUAUCUGAUGUCCCCUAAUAAGUUGUCAUUGUCAACGUUGGUCAGUAACCUGCUUGUGUCCAUGUCCAUCAGUGGCACGUCCAUACCUGUGUCCAGUGAGGGACCCGCUCC